AUGAUGCCCUGGGAUACAUCAGACCCAAAUUAUCAGGGCCCCAAUUAUCAGGACCCCAAUUAUCAAGCGCAGCAUGCCUCUGGUUACCAGAAUGCAAAUAACCCCAAUCAAAUAUUGGCACAAAAUUCCCCCCUACAUGAUGUAUUAGGAACGCCUAACCUUAACGAUUUCGACUUUACGUUCGGAUUUGGAGGGAUUGUAGUAACCCCAGGUGAGCUGAAGCCAGAUGCCACUUCAGAUCCAUUCAACCUAGCGACUUCCAUCGAACAUCGAAAUUCCAUAUCAUCUAUACCUUCCACGCUUCAAAUGAGACAUGACAGUAUUUCUGGACCUGCGGCGCGAAAUCAUAGUUUUAGUGGCGGAUCAGAAGAAGCAAGUCCCACAAGCAAUCGAAUGGGAACUCUUCACGAAGGCGAUACAAGUGUUGGUGAUGAUUUCGGGAUGAAUACAGGAGGUCCUAGAGAUGGCAGUGAGGAUAAGAGAUCUGACAGAAACCAGCCAGCACCUGCAUGGACUGAACUCAAAACUAAAGCAGGAAAAGAGCGAAAACGAUUGCCACUAGCUUGCACAGCAUGUCGAAGGAAAAAGAUUCGUUGCUCUGGAGAAAAGCCCGCCUGCAGAAAUUGCACGAAAUCGAAAAUUCCUUGUGUAUAUAAGGUCACGACUAAAAAGGCGGCCCCGCGGACAGAUUACAUGGCAAUGAUUGACAAGAGGCUAAAGCGAAUGGAGAUUCGCAUCAUUAAUAUUUUACCAAAGGAAGAACAAAAUGGCACGCUUUCAGUAAUAAGAGCCAAUGUUAAGCCUCCAAUUCCAGGGACAUUACCAUCUAAAGCUUCAGCUGGAAAGAAGCGCCCUGCAGAAGAAACAUUAGGACCAGAAUUGGACAAUUGGUCGAAGUCAACAUCUAAGCGUCCGAAAGCAAACGUGAAUCAAAAUCAAGCUUCAAAAACCCAUACACUACUGGCACAGGAGGAAGAAGAAAAUAAACUCUUGGGAGAGGGCGCAGAAAAAUUGCCUUCACGAGAGCUUCAAGAGCACCUGGCUGAGGUCUUCUUCGAGAGUGUUUAUGGUCAGACGUACCACUUAUUGCACAAGCCAAGCUUCAUGAUGAAGUUACAAGCCGAAGCACUUCCUCCUGUCCUUGUAUUGGCCGUUUGCGCUUGCGCUGCUCGAUUCUCAAAUCAUGUUGAACUGGAUACAGAGCCAGCUUUCCUGAGAGGGGAAGAAUGGGCAUCUGAAGCUCGCGACAUCGUUUUGAAACGAUAUGAUUGGCCAAAUAUCACGAUCUUAACAUGCUUAUUAAUUCUGGGUUUCCAUGAGUUUGGCACUUGUCAGGGUGGUAGAAGUUGGUCACUGGCCGGGCAAGCAAUCCGUAUGGCAUAUGCCUUGCAACUACAUAAAGACCUCGAUCACGAUCCCUUAAAGCCUGAUAACGAUGGCAAGUCGACGAAACUAAGCUUUAUCGAUAGGGAAAUCCGACGACGAACAAUGUGGGCAUGUUUCCUUAUGGAUAGGUUUGAAUCCUCUGGAACUGGUAGGCCAACUUUUAUUAAGGAAGAAAAUCUUGAGAUUCAGUUACCUGUGAAAGAGCACAUGUUUCUUUUCGACAUCUCAGGACCAACAGAGAAUCUUCGUGGAGAGGUUGCGCGUCCCAUCACGCCUGGUGGUGGACAAUUGGCCAAUCCCAAACAAAAUAUGGGUGUAGCAGCAUAUGUGAUCCGUUCAAUUGCAAUGUAUUCUAACGUCAUCACGUACUUUAAUCAAGGUGGUAGCGAAAGGGAUCCAUAUCCCAUGUGGCACCCAGAAUCGAAAUAUCCAGCUCUAAGUAAGCAAUUGGAAGACUUUCAAGAAGCUAUGCCGGAAGAUAUGGUAUAUAAUAACGAAAAUCUUCGUACACAUGAAACCGGAGGACUAGCAAACCAGUUUAUAUUUCUCUACGUUGUCAUUCAGCAGACUGCUUUGUUCCUCAACCGCUUUGCGGCACCUCUGGAACCUGGUGGACGCCUGGCCAAAGCCCCCAAAGAAUUUGUCACUAGGUUGGGCGCAAAAGCGAUGAAAGCAGCCGGUAGCAUUGCAAACCUUAUAGCUGAUGGGCAAUCUUAUUCCAUUACUGCCCCAUUCAUUGGUUACUGUGCCUUCUCGGCCAGUACAGUUCUAGUUUUUGGGGCUUUUUCGAAAAAUCCCAUCCUGGAAGAAUCUUCCAAAAAGAACCUUACGGUUACUGUCAAAUACUUAGCAAAGAUGAAGAAGUAUUGGGGCACGUUUCACUGGAUGUCCGAAAAGCUCAAAGCGCAGUAUAGAAUGUGUGCUGAGAAUGCUACUGCUGGCUCCAAAGGGUCAUUGAAUUCAGCCUUUCCCCAAUACGGCGAUUGGUUUGAUCAAUUCCCACAUGGUGUCUCACAGUCUGACUUUGAAGAUCCUGCUGCGGCUAUCAAAAAAGAGAAGGGAGAUGAUGCCGUUCUUGAGCAAAAGUCCAACCUGACAACCAUAGAAGAUUUCGUCCAAGGUCUCCCCUCUCCAGGACAACGACCAAAUCCAAAAUCGGCAAAGCAAAAAGUUCGAAGAUCACAAUCUUCAUCACAACUUGCACGACCCCCAAAUAUGGAUACGAUACAAACAAUGCCUUCUAGUAUGCAAUCUUCGCAUCUAGGAAUGCAGGCCUCAAUCCCUUCAUCUUCGCAUCCACAAAUCCCAACUCGACAAGCACCUCAAAAUCUUUACAACCAAAAUAUCAUGUCCCCCACAUCUCUCUACCCGCCGCCACAUUUCUACAAUCAUCACGAACUUCUCAUGCCACCACAGCAGCCACAUAAUAUGGGUUCACAACAACUCGAUAGACAGUUAGGGUUCAAUAAUUAUGCGGGCAUGGAUCAUUCGGCUAUAAAUGACAAUGGUAUGCAUGGCAACGGUAUGAACGUAACUGGUACACCAGGCCCGAGCCAUAACGUGGAUGGAACCGAGAUGAACUGGACAGAUAUCGGCGGAAUGGGAAAUGUAUACGGCAUGAUGGGCCUCGAAAAUGGGCUCACCAACGCAUGGUUUUCGCCAUUCAAUAUGGAUCCACCCGCAAUUGGCAUGGAUAGAGGGAUGAAUGGUGAUGAUGCCUUCGGAGGUGCCGCUUAUGGACGAGAUUUCGAAUUGAGAAAUGAUGAGCUGCGUACAGGGAUGGGUGGUGUAAAUGGACGCGGAAGUAUUGGUGGGCCCUGA